AUGGCCUCGAUCUCCCACAAAUCCGCGCGCUUUGAAUCACCUUCUUCUCCCAGAUCCUCUGGACAGUGGCGACGCAUCCUGCAAGACAUCAAGCUGCUGUACUUCCGUAGUCAAUACAAGCAAUGUGCUACGCGCUCUAUGGAGGUCCUCCGGACCGCUGCAGAGCCGCCGAGUAAAAUCCAUCCAGUCCACAAGACAUAUCUAUACUACUACUGUGCCAUCUCCUACGAGGGCAUGGGUCGAGCAGCCCAUCAAUACUCCUCCACCAAGCUGACUUUCCUCCACUCCGCUCUGGACUGUUUCGUCACCUGUUGUGCUGUUUUGCCGGACUGUCUUUCGGUCCCUGAUAUCCCAGAUGGAGGAAGUCCUUCGACAGUCGUGGAAUUCACGUCUCCAUCGGAGACGCAUGAUCCAGCGUCUUCAUCACCGGCUAGUAGUUUCGACACAAUGAUCACGGACAUCCUCGACCGGGAGCCAGACAGUCUAGUAGAAGACGAUCCAUUCCUCGACACUCCAUGUAAAUUUCCAUCCCAUCAACUGGGAAACCCCGUUCUGAUACCCUCUCCAUUGAAGAUCCGGAAGUCCUUCGAGGAUCUGAAUCAGAAUGCACAUCCACUCCACCACCAGCACCAGGAAAACGUGACCCCCGAGACCCCAGCAAGGAGGACACGCAGGCCUCCUCCGCUACCUAUCAAGAUCGUACCAUUCGGAACCACCAGCAAGGAAUCGUCAACCGUGCCUCCUCUCUCCAUCCACAAACACCGCAGUCAGCACGGUUCUGGUUCAUCCAUGACAUCGUCCCACAUCAUGGCUAUCAACCGAUAUAACAACAGUAUUCGCUUUCUACGCACACAAAUCAAUUCCAGUAUUACCUCCCUGCACGCCUUGAUCGACGACGUCCGCCAAGUCCAGCAGUCGCGUCGCGCAUCGAAGAAUAUCCGUCGCUCCGGGUCAUUCUGGAGUUUCAGUCCCAUCAUGGAGGAAGGGGAGGAGAACUUGAACUCCGGACCCGGGCUCGAUCGAGCGUCAGCAUCAAUGUCAAUGUCAGGGUCCACCAAGGAGACGCAUGCGCAGCGGAUUGCACGGCUUCGAGCCUCCGGUUGGAAGACUGUGGGUCUCCGAUCUCCAAGCAGCAGAUGGAAAGGCGCAGAGUACUACAGGCAAUAUUGCAGCGCUGUAUUGGAUGAACUGUAUCUUGAUCCCUGA